AAGUUGGAUUACCACAAGGCAGUUUAAAUCCCGACUCGCAGCGCAAGAAGGUCAUUUGGAAACAAAGGGAAACCAUUAAAAUAAAUAGUAUACAAGAUGACGAACAUGAGACCACCCAGUAAAAAUGUACUGUUAAAAGUUGUUAUAUUAGGGGAUGGCGGUGUAGGAAAAAGCUGUCUUAUGAAUCGUUUCGUCUCUAACUUUUUCGAUGCUAACAGCUUUCAUACUAUCGGAGUUGAAUUUUUAAACAAAGACAUCCAAGUGGACAAUGAACGUUACACUCUUCAGAUAUGGGAUACCGCAGGCCAAGAGCGCUUUAAAGCACUGCGCACGCCCUUCUACCGCGGAUCGGACAUUUGCUUAUUAGCGUAUGCUGUUGAUGACAAGUCAAGUUUUCGAGCGUUGAUUCAGUGGAGAGAAGAGUUCCUCAAGUACUACGAUGUCAGAGCAGAGCGAUUUCCGUUUAUAGUGGUUGGAACGAAGAAUGAUAUUCCUGCCGCACAGCGCCAGGUUAGUGCCGAGGAAGUAUCGGAAUGGUGUCAGGAGCACCAUGUGGCAGCAUUUAUUGAAACAUCAGCAAAGACUUCCGAAAAUGUAUCGGAAGCUUUUGCUCUGGCAGUGAAGCAAUGGCGAAAAUUGGAAAAAUGUACAGAACGAGAAUUACGAGCCCAAGGACAUGAUACUAUUGAUUUGACCAAAGGCGUUAAUCUCAGGGCAAAUACCAACCGGUUUUGCUGUAUCGGUGGUAAUACUAGUACACCGACUGCUUAUGAUGACGAUGACUAUCCGCAUUGAUUUAUAUGAAAUAUGUUGGUGAAGGAAUUACAUUUUAAAGUGAAGAAAAACCGUGCGAAAUCGAGAGCAGCGUAGCGUAGAAACGAUGAUAUGUGAUAGGUUGUAAAUACCCUACAAUAGCGGGUAGAUGCGAAGCAAUGGUAAGAUUUAUACUCCAAUAUUUUUGUAUCAAGGCAAUUUUACACCUUUCCAAAAAACUCAAGAAAGAUUCUCAAUCCAAAUCAUAAUAUAAUUCUCAAUCGAAUCAAUUUGUUUCGAAUAAGCAAAUCCUGAUAAAUGAAUGAUACAGACAUAUUUUUAAACCGCGUUUUCAAUACUUAUCAGUUAAAACCAAUACGUUUAAAUCUCAAGCACAGAUACGGAUUCGCCAUAUUGUACAAAUAGCAAAUAGAAACCCCAAUACAAGACAAGCGGUACGUAAUUUUUAAUUUGAACCACGUUCAUAAUGGACACUACCACUAAUAGUACAACAUUUUUAUUCAUUCCGGUUUAUAUUAGAUUGCAUUAGAUGUUUUCGCGUGCAAGCCAUUGCAAUAUUUAUAUUUAGUAAAACUUUUUGCACUAUCAGUAUUCGAAAUUAUAAAAAUUAAGUAAUUGAUUAUAAACUUCGUCCUUUCGUUUGCAGAGAUUUAUUUUAUUUUAUUUCGUGGUUGUAUAAUUUUGAAUUAUGAUACAUUCUUUUGUUAUUCAUUAUCCAAAGAUAUUAAUGAAUAACUUAUGUUGUUUUUACGACCAUAAACGUUGCCUUGUGUCACAUUUCAUUAUCUGUCUGCAUUGCUAGAAUGAUAUAGGUAGCUACUGAAAGUAAUAUAAAUGUAGCUAACAAAUAAUCAGUUUACGAACCAAAAAUGCUUCUAAUAAUUACCAAAGGAGAAGAAGGCUUUCGUAACUAUAUUUGAACAGCGGAUGCUUCAGCACGGUACUAUUACUUGAUAGGUUUUCGCACUACAAUAUUUGUAACUAAAAUAAUUUUACGCAUCCUCAGCGGAUACGUAAAACCUGUAUUAUAGACACAUGCUGUACUA